AUGCUGAGGAACUGCCAGGAGGAGGGAAAGCGCCAGAGCCGAGGCGGCAGAGGCAGCGUCCCGCAGCCGGCUCGCGCUCAGCCCCCAGAGGGGACGGGGACUCCGACGGCCACAAUGCAGCGCGGCAACGGAGGCAGUGGGAUUUUCAUGGGCAAGCACGUGUUUCUUUCAGCUACUCAUCAUACGUAUUUCUAUGGUCCACCAGCACUGACCCAGGGCCACCUCGAACCACACUUUGUGGUGAAAUACAGCAGGAAGAAGGACGCAAUCCCUGGUCAUAAGGAAUGUUUCCUGUCCAACAGUGAGGCUCAGCAGGAGACAGGCAGGGAGUGCUGGAAUCACUCCUCCGCCGCUGGCUUUGUCCUCACCAGCCUUUUUAAUGACAGCCAGACGCACCUGUUCCUCUUCAGCAUGGUGGUGUUUGUCUACAUCCUUGCCAUGGUCGGCAACACUGCCAUGGUCCUGCUGAUCUGGGCUGAUGCCCGGCUCCACACACCUAUGUACCUCCUCCUCAGCCAGCUGUCCUUUCUGGACAUCUUCUUUACUUCGGUCACCGUCCCCAAGAUGAUAGUGGCCUUCCUCUUUGGCUGGACGAGCAUUUCCUUUGGGGGCUGUGGGGCACAAAUGUUUUUCUUCAUGUUCCUGGGAGCCGCAGAGUGUCUUCUGCUGGCACUCAUGGCCUAUGACCGCUACGUGGCCGUCUGCAACCCUCUGCGCUACCCGGUGCUCAUGAAUCGCAGGGUCUGCUUGCUCAUGGUGGUGGCCUCCUGGCUGGGAGGGUCCCUCAACGCCUCCAUCCAGACCGCACUGACCCUGCAGUUCCCCUACUGCGGCUCACGGAAGGUCGCCCAUUUCUUCUGCGAAGUGCCCUCCCUCCUGGUGCUGGCCUGUGCAGACACAGAAGCCUACGAGCAGCUGCUCUUUGUGACAGGUGUGGUGGUCCUGCUGGGGCCCAUUGGCUUCAUCACCACUUCCUACGGCCUCAUCCUGGCAGCCGUGCUCCAGAUGCACUCUGUGGAGGGGCGUCGGAAGGCCCUGGCCACCUGUUCCUCCCACUUGACAGUCGUCAACCUCUUCUAUGGGCCCCUCAUCUAUACCUACAUGUUACCUGUGUCCUACCACUCUCCUGGGCAGGACAAUGUCGUAUCUGUCUUCUACACCGUUCUCACGCCCUUACUUAAUCCCGUCAUCUACAGCCUCAGGAACAAGGAAGUGACAGGGGCAAUGAAGAAGGUGAUAGGAAAGUGUGGGGUCGGAAGGAGCGCUAACGCCAGGAGGGCGGCCUAG